CAAAAAUGGGAUGCUUUCAAUUCCUCAAAUUCAUGAUGUUUGCAUUCAACGGCAUCAUCUUUCUGGCAGGUGCUGCCAUCCUGGGUAUUGGGAUCUGGGUGAAGGUGGAUAGCGGUUCCGUCCUUAACUUUCUUGGGAAAAUUGACAAGAUGCCAUCAGAGCUAAGUCAGGUGCUCAAUGUGGGCUACUUGUUGAUUGCAAUUGGGAUCUUGCUGGUCGUCAUCGGUUUUCUAGGCUGCUGUGGAGCCAUGAGGGAGAGCAAGUGUAUGCUACUGCUGUUUUUUAUCAUAGUCUUGUUGAUCUUCAUAGCAGAGGUGGCAGGAGCAGUGGUUAUUUUGGUAUUCAGACCGCUGGCGGAGGAGCUGUUUAACAAGAUUGGUCAGGCAGCAGUGAACAACAUCAGGCAGGACUAUGGGAACAAUACUGACGUCACAGGACUGUGGAAUUCGACAAUGAGCACGUUUAAAUGUUGUGGAUUCUACAACUCAUCAGACUUCGUGGGGUCUCCUUACUAUAAAAAACACAACAAUACAUUUCCACCACAGUGCUGUUUGAACCCUGGAAGCACAUGUACUAAUGGGAUAAUCACUGGUUGCUUCCCAAAGAUCCGGAAGCUGGUUGACGAUAACACCGUUGCUAUUGUGGGAGUGGCGCUUGGGAUUGCAGCUCUGGAGUUAUGUGCCAUGGCUGUCUCAAUGAUCCUUUUCUGCAGGAUAAAAUCUGAAAGUGUCUAACUACAAAGGACAA